ACACUGGAUAUUUGACUCCUCAGUCCUCGGCACGAUGUCAAACGUCAGAAAACCACAUUAUUCUAUAGUAAGAGGCUGGGUGUCAUUCAUGUUGGGCUCUUAAGGGGGCCAGUUUGUUUCUCCUCGUGCAGACGAAUUGACGGGCUCAUUGAUGGUUUCAGCGAGGUUUUCUUCGGCUUUCUUUCACCAUUCCAACUCUGUAGAUCUGUCAAAGAGGGAUUUAGAACUUCAGGAUUUACUUGAGAAUCGUCGGUAGCCUAUAUCUGCGGAUAUCUCCGUCAGGGAUAAGUCAAAAGGAGAUGAUGGCUUUAUCGUUCCUCUACGUGCUGUGCAUGUGGAUAAGUUUCGUCUGUCCUUCGCUGGGAACAGGGUUUGUUUAUCACUUUCCAGGCAUCACUCUGCAGCGACAGCGCAUCAAAUCGGAACAGAGUGGCAUCACUGGACCACCAGGUACCGGGUCCCGUACCCAACUCAGGAACUGGUGUCAGUAUACUGUUUACAGAACAGUGUCCUGUCAGGUGCACAACGGGACAGAAACCUCCGUUCAGAGAGUGUUUCAGGGCUGCCGGUGGCCCGGACCCUGCACCAAAGUCAUCAGCUACAGGACCCUGAUCAGGCCGUCCUUCAAGGUUGCCUACAAGCAAGUGACUGCACUGGAGUGGAGAUGCUGCCCAGGGUUUGUGGGAGAAGAGUGUCGAGAAGAGUGUUUGAACUGUACCAGUUUCACUGACAUGAACAGCAGAAUAAAUGCCAUUGAAUCAAAGAUCAAGCUGUUAGGAGACGGACGCUCAUCCCUGCCGACAGCCAGCAGUUUACCAGAGGGCUCAACAGACAACGAGGUGGUCGCUCCCCAACCCACUCCUAUUGGACCGCCAUCAUACCUGCUACCAGAGCCCAUCGGACCACCAGGGCUUCCAGGUUCUGCUGGACCUCCGGGUCCGGCUGGAAGAGCAGGCCUCCCUGGACCCACCGGACCAAAGGGGGACAGAGGUCUAGCAGGAGUAAUAGGAUUCCCCGGCCCUCCUGGCCCACCAGGUGCUCCAGGGCCGAGCUCCUCUCCUGUACGAGAGCGCGGUGACGUUUUUCACGUGGACGAUCAAGAGGAGAAUCUUCCUGCUCAUCAGAUCAUAGUCGGGCCUCCUGGUCCAACUGGUCCAACUGGUCCCCUCGGCCCCUCAGGGCCUCCAGGACUGAGAGGACCUGCAGGAUUACCAGGCCUGUCGGGACGAGAUGGCAAGGAGGGCCUCCAAGGCAUGCCUGGGGAUACCGGGCCUACAGGAGAUCCAGGAGAAAGGGGCACUCCAGGUGUAGCAGGCGAACAGGGCCUAUCUGGAGCACCCGGGCCAAAAGGAGAGCCAGGAGAAGGCUUGAAUGAGGGCGAGGCUGUGCAGCAGCUCAGGGAGGCCCUGAAGAUCCUGGCCGAGAGGGUCCUCAUCCUGGAGCACAUGAUUGGCGUUCAUGAGAACUCUGAGGGAUCUGGAUUUGGCAGCAUUUCGGACCCCCUGUCUUUCUCUGCCACAAAGACCAAGCGACUUGAGCCUGUUCAAAACCCUCUUCAAGCUCCAGUACCGGGGUGGAGACUAAGGCGAACCCCCCUUUAAGGGUUUAGUCUAAUUUUGUAUUUAUGUGUAUAAUUGUGACGGAUGUGGCUCAUUUUGAUUGACUGAACAAACACCUUUUUUUUUAUACCAUGUUUCUCAUAUUAUUCCAAUUUUAUUGCCAAUUAUUGUCUUUUAACAGCUGUAUAAAACAAAGAGAUGUUGAGCAUUUCAUCCACGUGAAAGGCUUUAUUGAGCCUUUUUUUGACCCUGUUGCUGUAUGCUCUUACUCUACAUAACCUUAUCAGCAGCCCUUGUACAAUGUUGCACCGUGAAAUAUAAUCUCAUAAAAUGUUAUGAGGGUUUUGGCAUCUUUCAUUCCUCAGAUAACAGACUGCCCAGUAAACACAUCAGUCUCCUUGGCUGAUGUUGCAAAUCUCCUCCAGCUGCAAUGUGAGUUCCCAAGAGCUGGACCCAAAAUAUAGUAUUUAGUGUCAAACACAUUCUUGGAUCGACUUCGGGGUUCACCUUGUGUUCGCCUGUCAACCAUAUUUCUUCCUUUCUCAUCUUUCGGUCUCUCUCUGGUUGCUCCGCCUUGUUAAAGCUGAGGUAAGACAUGACAGGCUGCCAAGAGUAUCUGCUUAAAAUAAAGUUAGGUGAAAUAGCAUCUGGAGAGCGCACAUCUGGAAAGCAAGAGGAGGAGAUGCUUUAGCAGUUGAGUUUUGGCCCGGAAACGGAAAACCCUGCUCGGCUCCAGUGCACCUUCGCGCGACUGGCUGAUGGAGCACUAAACUGGAUUACAUUGACUUCUUCAUAAACUGCCUCUGAGAUUUGUCUCCAAGCUGAUAUGAUUGUUGUACAGUAUGUCUCUGAGAGACCAAGCCUGUUGGUCUCUGAAGAAAGCUUGGACCAUUCCUGGUUCAAGCUUUGGUAUCUCCAUUACAAGGUUCAUGUGAAAAGGGAAUACUUUUGGGAGAUAAGCUCAUUUGUUUCCUUGCAGAAAGUUGGAUGAGAAGAUUGAUACCACUCACAUGUUUUUAUGCUAUAUGAAACUGAGCCAGUUAGCAGGUUAGCACAAAGACUGGAAACAGAUAGCCUGGCUCUGACAAAAAAAAUCAAACCACCAGCACCUCUAAAGGUCACCAAUGAAGAUCUGAUAUAUCAUUUGUUCAAUCUGCAUAAAAUCAAAGCUUAUGAACGUCAAUCUGCCAGGCAACCGGGAGGGGAAACUGUCAAUAAACUAGAUGUAAAAAUGGCGGCAAAGCCACCAACGUAAAAGUUACAUCUGGAUAAAAUCCAACAUUAACACUAGUAAACCAAUUCAGCUCAUUUUAAGUUUAUUAACUGUGUAACUAGUAACACAAUGUAAGAAGCCAUUUAAGGACAGUUAUUUGUUGUGACUGUGAGUUUAUGAGUGGUUUAUGAGUUUUGGAAAUACGCGUCACUCCCAAGUCAGAACAAUGGGACGAUUUAUUGUAACUUCAGAACGAGCCAGGCUACAGAGGCUCACUGCAUGCGCUGGAGAAAAAAAAGUUUGCCCUGUUUUUUUUAAAUUAACAAGAUCAUUAUCUCAGAAUCAUGGGAAGAGUUUUCAUGGAAAACAAU